AUGGAGCCAGAUUGUGUCAGUUAUAAUCUCGAAAAGCAACCGAGUGGGGACAAUGGAACAUAUAAAUGUGAGUUGAAUGAUGCUACUCACGAAGGAAACGAAGACGACCUUGUUGGGGAGUACGAUUACUUUUACCAUGGAUCAGAGGCAAGUGUCACUUCCAAACUUCUUCCAGCCACGAUUUGAGAAUAACGAGGUUUCCAGUAGCAUGCAUGUUUUUACUUACCAAUCCUGCUUGUUUAGAGUAUGGAGAAAAACUAUUUCAUGAUAUGAUUCUCUAGAUGUCAUGUCUAACGACAUUUUGUUAGAUGUUUUGGCUAAUUUUUGUUGUUUCCCUUUCUUUUGUUUUGUUUGUUGUGGUUUUUUUUUUUUUUGCUUUGAUUUUUUAUUUUUGUUUUGUUGUUUGUUUUUUUCUUUCAUGUCAGAGUAACUGUAUCGCAAACCCUUGCAAGAACGACGCGACUUGCCAAAGCGGUUUUACCGACAAAGGUUAUCGCUGUUUGUGUUCAGCUGGAUUCAAGGGUCAGAUUUGCGAUGAAGGUAAUGCCAUUUUCUAAACGAGUAAUUCCCUCUAAGACUUUACUCAUAAUUGAAACUAAUGUAAAAUUGAAACCAGCUUCAUUGAAAUCAAUAUGAUCUGAUUUCAGAUACUGACGAAUGUGCUACAGAAAAGCAAAACUGCAGUGCCGAUGUUGUUUGCAGAAAUACCAAAGUGUUGUACAACUGUACAUGUAAACCUGGAUAUUCCGGAGAUGGAAGGGAUUGCAGAGGCAGAUUUUGCUUUUUGGUUACUUUGUACAGUGAAUAUGUUUCCAGCUUGAUAAGAGAAGGCUCACGAGAAGUUUGGAAUUAAAGGGAUGGAUUUCAAUCCUUCUUGCACAAGUGCAUGGCCUUGUUGCCUUACUUUUAAUAUUAAAGCUGAACGUUUUUCGUGUUAAUUGAUGUCUUCUUUUGUUUAAGAAGUUCAGAUGAUUUCUUCGGCUAGUCUGCUUACAGUUUAAAAUCAAAUAAUUUAAACGAGAGAUUAUUUGCUCUUCCAAACUAUGACAAUAUUUUGACAGUUUAUGGUAAUCAAACCAAAUAUGUUGCAACUCCAGAUAUUAACGAAUGUGCUACAGAAGAGCAGAACUGCAGUGCUGAUGCUGUGUGCAACAAUACCGAAGGAUCCUAUGACUGUGAAUGUAAACCUGGAUUUUCAGGGGAUGGAUGGACCUGCAAAGGUAAAGCAAUGAAAUAUUUCGGGCUUAAUUCAGUGCCAGAUAGAUUUUUAGAUUGCGCAUAAUGAGUACACUAUCUACGAGAACGGAUACUAUUGAAACUAUAAAAGAUCCUACGGUAUGCGUACCCAGAUAUCACAAAUGAUAAAAGUGGUUCAGAAGCGCACGGCUGCAUUGCUGAUGCUGUUUUUUGGGAAGACUAAACCUGCACGGGUAGUGCAAUCAAAUACUGCUUGCUGAAUUUGUUGUUAUAUAAAUUGUUGUAUUCUAUAAUUUAGUAUCAGUGCAAUGUUAAGUAAAUAAAUGCUAUUAACAAUAUAACAGACCAAAUACAAACAUGCAUAUUUAGAUAUUGACGAAUGUGGUACAGAAGAGCACAGCUGCAGUGCUAAUGCUGUGUGCAACAAUACCGAGGGUUCAUACAACUGUUCAUGUAAACCUGGAUACUCUGGGGACGGAUGGUCUUGCAAAGGUAGUAAAAUGAAAUAGUGUAUGUUAAAUUUAGGGCCACAUAGGCAGUGGUACUCUGUAUUAUCGAUGCAAUGUUAAGAAAACAAAAUUAAUGCUACAUAUACCACAACAGAUCCAUUAAUCAUGUCUAUUUAGAUAUUGACGAAUGUGCCACCCAAGAUCACGGCUGCAGUAUUCAUGCUGUGUGCAGAAAUACCGAGGGAUCCCACAACUGCACAUGUAAACCGGGAUAUUCUUGGGAUGGAAGGACUUGCCAAGGUAAUGUAAUGAUUUAUUGCCCAUCAACUAAUGAUGAUGCACUGUUAUAAAAACAAAUGCAAAAAGCCAUAUCAAAGGCCCUUUUUUCAUUGGCAUAUUUAGAUAUCGACGAGUGUUCUACAGGAACCCACAGCUGCAGUGCUGAUGCUGAGUGCAACAAUAUCAAGGGAUCGCACAACUGUCAAUGUAAAUCUGGAUAUUCUGGGAACGGACGCACCUGUACAGGUAAUCCAAUGGAAUAUUGCAUGUUAGAUUUACAGCCAAAUAGAUUUUACAUGCUAAUAUAUAUCUGAUCAGCAUUUUCGAGAGCGACAUGCUACUGAUUUUGUAAAAGAUCGAUUGAUGAUUUGCUUAUUCAGAUUCCGACGAGUGUGUUACAGGAACACAUAACUGCAGCGGUGAUGCUGUAUGCAACAAUACCAAAGGCUCGCACAACUGCACAUGUAAACCUGGAUAUUCUGGUAAUGGACAGAUAUGUAAAGGUAACAUUGCCUGUUUCUUUCCUUGUAGAUGUGAAUGCUUUCUUCAUUUAAUCAGUGGGGGGUCACAAAUAAAUUUAGACAGGGCUUCAAAAGAAGUUUUGAACCACAAAAUUUUAUUGAACAUAACUAUCGACCCAUACGUUUUAGUUUCCUUGCAGUGUCCUACUGGUCGGCACUUUGGACUCUGGGUGCUUAGUUCUGGAUGUGAGCGCUGCUAGUUUAUUUUGCUAUGUUUGUGGGCUGUUAGAAGGCCCCUUUCCGUCUUAUUAGGGCGAGUUUAAGUUAAGAAGUUCGCCAAUGUAGUGGUGGAAAACUAUGCAUUACUCGAAAACCCCAUCAUGCUACAAAUAGAACCAAGAUAGUCAAUAUCUAAUGUGUUUAAUUACACUAUCCUUUUUAAGGAUAAAUGACUACAUUACACAUUUUACCGCGUCAUGUUGCAGACUCUAACGAAGUAUGUCCACACUUGCAGAUCUUUUUUUCAUUAUUUAUUUAUUCAUUUAUCUGCUAUAUCAUAAGUAGAUUUUUUCUGUUAUUUUUUGCAGCCGUCAUGUUUUCAAGCUGCAAAGAAGCUUAUGACGCGAAAUUGUGAGUACGAUUAAAGAUAAAAGAAUGAAAACGAUAGACUUGAUCUCCUUGAUCUCGCAGGGAGAUUUAUAAAUGCCUAGAAAAGAGCAAGUAGCUAUCCUGUCAUUUCUUAUUCUUUUAAUACGCCCGUUAAAUUUAGUUUUCCCGAGAGUUUAUAAUCUCGUGGUAUUCCAAAACGGUGGAUGCAUACCAUAAGUUUCACUCCUUUAAUUAAUUUUCUUAAAUCCUAUUUUUUAUAGACUGAUUGUAAGUAACGUCGUCACGCUUCGUAUCGACUCAAGGCCAAUUUCCGUUUUCUGUCAGGUGGGGGAUGUAGGAUGUGGAGAUGGAAUAUGGACCUCUGUCAUGAAGAUUGAUGGCAACAAGGUAUCUAUCUCUUCAUUUAUUUGUAUUAUUCGACAGUUUUGUAACAGAUUUUUAUUUGGGUUUGUGAUGAAUUUAAAAAGACCUUUUUUGAUACUGAAAGUUUGCUUCUAUUAUAACCUCACCCAACCUCCGCAAGUAUGACUCCUUGUUCGCUUUCAUAUUACCAUGUUUAACCUUUUCUGCCUCAUUGCAAAUAAAAUUGUGGUCUUCUCUUGGCCAAAGGUGAUUUUAAUGCGGGUCACAUGGGGAAAUACCAACAAAAUGUUUGCAUAAUGCAGUUUUCUGUUGAUGGCUAUUUCAUUGAUUUCUAACCGAAAAAAAAAAAAAAAAAUAAUGGAAAGCCGUUUGUGGUAUAUUUCUAUCGUAAUGCGAGUCACUGUCUUAACUGAUUAGAUUUAACUAAAUCUGUCGGGUUUCUAUCGAGUGCAUAUCGGCUCGCAUCAGUUUUGGCUGUUUGGUCGUCGGGAUUGAUAUAUUUAUUUGUCUUUCUUUUUUAUUCAAUGGUAUUUUCCUUCUUUUCCUGGUCAGCGAACUUUUCAUUAUGAUUCCAAUUAUUGGAGCAACAUGUUAGAAUAUAACCUUCCUGGAGGAGAGACUGGGUUUGACCAAAUGGAGACCAAAUUACCGACUUACUGGAACACAUCAUUCUCCAAGAUCUGUCUCGGUAUGAAGAUCGGCCAACAGCUCAGGUUCAUUGUCCUCAACAAGCGAGCAGUACUCACUGAUCGCCGACGGACAAUACCGUCCGACCAAUUUGGGUCGUGA